GAGAGUUGUGCGCUCGCACGAAACACGCGGGACAGAGCCGCCUACGAUCGCGCGCAUAACUCUUCAUAAACACUUUAUAAAGCUUCGCGCGAAGAAGAAAAAUAGUUUUCGAUGAAGAAAAGGCGAGUGUAAGCACUUCUCGCGCUGAGGUUUUGGAUUCUCAUGCGACAAAUUUGAGGAGUCUGAAGACAGAAAGUGUGUCUGGGUUUGUGUUUAAUGACAGACAGUUGAAUCUGUGUGUGUGUGUGUGUGUGUGUGUGGGGAGAGAGAUGAAGAUCGAGUUCGCUCCUCUGCGUCUUCCUCUGCGCAGGCGUCUGCAGACAGCAGCAGUCGUGCAGUGGGUCUUCAGCUUCUUAGUUCUGGCUCAGGUCUGUCUGGCGGCGUUCGUCCUCCUCUGUCUCAGUGAUUGGUGGAUUCUGGCCGCGCUGUAUGCUGGUUGGCUGUAUCUGGACAGGGACACGCCCUCAUGUGGAGGUCGGAGGUCACACUGGGUCAGGAGCUGGCGUGUGUGGACGUAUUUCAGAGAUUAUUUCCCCAUCACACUGACGAAGACGGCGGAUCUGGACCCUCGUUAUAAUUAUCUGUUCGGGUUUCAUCCUCACGGCGUUCUGGUGGCCGGCGGAUUCGGGAAUUUCUGCACGGAAGCGUCAGGAUUCUCUCAGAUGUUCCCCGGACUCACACCAUACCUGCUGAUGCUGCCCUUCUGGUUCAGAGUUCCCUUCUUCAGAGAAUACAUCAUGAGCGGAGGGCUGGUGUCGAGUGAGAAGGCCAGUGCGAGUCACCUGUUGAGUCGUCCAGGUGGAGGUCAGGUGGCUGUGAUCGCGGUGGGCGGAGCUCCAGAAUCACUGGACGCUCGACCAGGAGCCUUAACCCUUCAGCUGCUGCAGCGCAAGGGCUUCAUUAAACUGGCCCUCAAACACGGAGCGUGGCUGGUUCCUGUCUUCUCUUUUGGGGAGAAUGAGCUCUUCGAUCAGAUGGAGAAUCCCACAGGCUCCGCCCUCCGCCUCGUUCAGGACCGCCUCCAGAGAGUAAUGGGCGUGGCUAUGCCUCUCUUUCACGCCAGAGGAGUUUUCCAGUACAGCUUCGGCCUGCUGCCGUACAGGAAGCCCAUUCACACCGUGGUGGGGCGUCCCAUUCCUGUGGCUCAGAAUCCGUGUCCCAGUAAAGAGGACAUCGACGCUCUACACACUCUCUACAUGCAGGCUCUGACGCAGGUGUUCGAAGAGAAUAAAAAACACUACGGCAUCCCAGAGGACAAGCAACUCAACUUCAUCUGAACGAGCACUACCAGAAGAUAAUAACACUAGUCGCAUGACAGCUUGCUCAUAUCCAGAACUCUUCCUUGUUUUGUUACUGUGCUUGUACACUUUAUUGACGGGUUGGAAGAUGUGCAUUUAUAAUGUUUAUUGUGGUGGGUUACUCUUUGGUCUUUAAUCAGGAAUUGUGAAUCGAUUUGGAAAAAUAAAAUCAAAUAAAGUAGUGUUUUUUCACAA